AUGGGGGAGUUUCAACGAAUUCGCCCUUUCAAGAUUUUAGCGGUUGUCAUGGUGACGAUUGCUGUGGUACUGACUGUUGCCUCAUUGGCUGGUCAUGACUGGGUGAGAACUUCCUUUUACGAUGGGAAAGUGCAGUCAUGGGGGCUGUGGUGGAAGUGCUUCAAGGUUCAUUCGUCAUUUCAGAUGUGUGUCAGCUCAGGCUGGCUGUCUGCUUGUGCGGCAAUGGUGUUUCUGUCACUGAUAAGUAAUGUUGUGGCAACAGGACUUGGUGUCUGGGGUCUGUGUGCUAAGAGACGACUGCCCUAUGUCCUGGCUGGAGCCAUGUGCAUUAUCUCUGGUGCUUGCCAGUUGCUCAGUGUGGUCAUUUAUCCGAUUAUGUUUACGCAUGAGAUUCGCAGCAACCCUGACAACAAAACAGAAACGUCAACUUUUUCCUUUGCUUGGACCUACGGCAUUGCAUGCGGUACUAUUUUCUUUGUGCUGGGAGCUUCGGUAUUCUUCCUCAUCAGAUUAAGGGAUGAGGACGAUGCUCAGCCAAUGAAAUCUUCCCAUGAGAAACCCACAUUUUACACCACAUAA